AUGGUUGGCGUCCCUGGGAAAUACAAAGGCUGCGAAACUUGCCGGCGUAGAAGAGUCAAGUGCAGCAACGAGAGGCCUUACUGCCAGAAAUGUAUAUCGAGUGGAAGGCAAUGUGAAGGCUAUGAACGAGAACGAGUCUUCAUCACCGGGACGCCGCAGAACAAAGGCAGAGUAGCCUCCCAUCCGAAGAAAGGCUCAUCUUCCAAGAAGGGGAGCUCGCCUCUGUACGAGGAACCUCCCAGAACUCUCGGUAUCACGCCAGUCCAUCCUCUCACCUCAGCUUGGGACGACCACACACUUGUUUCAAACCAAGGAGUGGAGUAUUCGGUUCUCGUCUCAGCCUUGCACACUAGGCUUCCAUGCACUCUUCCAGAUCAUUCAGCGGAUGACUCCACACCUUUCCGCAUCACCUUCCCGCCAUAUACGCCGACAGACUUUCAGUCAUUACUGGGUGAAGGAGAAUUUGGUGUAAGAGCACAAUGCUUAGCACGCUUACCGAGCGUGUAUGAGCAAGAUGACUCGGCACAAAGUUACUGCAUCUUCUUCUUCGAGCACGAAACAGCAUAUGCAUUUGGCGAAUCAGAGUCUCAACGGAUGAGACGAAUGGGGCCGGCGUAUUUUAGUCUCUUUCCCAAUCAUCAUUUCUUUGUGCGGGUGUAUCGACCUCUAGCUACCGGCUUCGCUCUCCUGAGGCGACAAGAUACGUUUGUAUCAUCCCCAGAUUGGAAGACUGUUCCUUGGCAGAGACAUCCGAAGUCUCUCCUCGACCAUCUCCUCGACCUUGUUCUUCUGCUGCCAGCCAUCCUUUCUCAAGUUGAUCAGAUUGUUCCGGCAGAGCCAACCCUCCAUCGACGGCACAGCGCCCAGCAGCUUCUCCGGGAUUGCCUUUCCCUCGAGAGACAUCUUGAUGCUUGGUUUCAGAUGGCUAACCGUCCCAGUUUUGAACAGCCCGUGGCCUACUGGACUGAGGAGCUUAUCAGCCCCGGAGGCCUUAUUCCUUUCACAAAUUCGUACGCUUUCAGGGACGCAAACACCGGACUUGCCUUCCUAUAUUACUGGAUGACACAAAUCCUCUUUCACCAAUGCAUUGAAAGCUUGCACCGAGCCAUCUACCAGCCAGUCAUCGACGCUUACCCAAAUAUGUGGCCUGACUUGCCAUUCGACUUGCAGAUCGACCUCAAUCGAUAUCAGCAUGGGCGCAUGUUUGCGGCAGAUAUCUGCCGUGGACUCGAUUCAGUCUUGCAUGACACUGUUCAACCUGACAUGCUGAUUAUGCCGAUGACCGUGGCGAUGGAUUUGUACAGAGAUAUCAAUUCAGUUUCGCAGGAUGGACUCAUGGAGAUCAUGUGGAUCGACAACUUUCGAUCGCGGCUCAUUGAGAAAGGCCAACAUGUUGCCGGUGUUUUGCAGAGUCAAACAUGGUCCGAAGUGGCGACUUUCUAA